UCGGAAACUCCCUCGCCGACACCGGUAAUUUUCUUAUCACCGGUGCCCAGCAGUUCCCCGGCAUUGGCAGCUCCCUUACGGCAUGACCUUCUUUGGCCGCCCCACGGGCCGCUGUUCCGAUGGACGCUUGGUUAUCGACUUCGUCGCUGAGGCGGUUGGGCUCCCGUUGCUGCCGCCAUCUUUGGCGAGCGGCCAAGACUUCCGACAGGGAGCCAACUUCGCCGUCACAGCUUGCACGGCACUUGACUUAGCCUUCUGGGAACAGAGAGGGCUUGCCGGUAUCUUUUGGACCAACGAUUCCUUGGGCGUCCAGCUUCAAUGGUUCGAGCAGCUGAAGCCUUCCCUUUGCAGCACAGUCAGAGAGUGCAAGGACUACUUCGGCAAAUCCCUCUUUGUACUCGGAGAGAUCGGAGGGAACGAUUACCACUAUGCCCUUCUCGCCUAUAGGACCUUGGAGGAAGUAAGGACGUAUGUGCCUCAUGUCAUCGAAACCAUUUCGAAUACUGCUGAGAUUUUAAUCAACGAGGGAGCGGUUGACCUAGUUUUGCUGGGGCGCCGCCAUCAGGCUGCUUUGGGUUGCUACGGGUUCGUGAUAUCUGUGACAGGGAUUCUUAAGCGAGCCCAGCUAUUGAUGUGGAAUCUGAUCAAUCUGCCUUGCGUGCCUGCGGGGUCCGCCCUGCAGGUGCGCGGCGUCUGCUCGCGCCCCGGGCCCCCGGGUUCGGGGCGUGACACUAACAAAGAAGACUACGAACCGCAGACUGGAUGCCUCAAGAAACCAAAUGAAUUAGCAAGAUAUCACAACAAAUUACUUCGUCAGGCAACAAGAAAACUCCAGAGCAAGUACCCAGGGGUUAGGAUAAUCUAUGCCGACUUCUAUGGACCAGUCAUUCAAUUUGUACAGACACCCGAACGCUUUGGAUUUAGCAAUGGGGCUCUAAUUUCUUGCUGCGGGGGUGGAGGUCCCUACAACUUCAACCCACAAGCCUGGUGUGCCGAGCCGGGUGCGACCGUAUGUGAGGACCCAUCCAAGUCCAUAUUUUGGGACGGCAUCCACCUAACCGAAGCUGCUUAUCGCUACAUCGCCAAGGGUUGGCUCUCUGCAUGGUCCCAUGCCAAGGUCGAUUAAGAGCCCAACGCCAACCCACCCAUUAUCACCCACAUUGGCUUAGUUUGAGAAUUGUGAUGCAUCGAAAAAUAAAAUCAUUAGGGUCUAUCUACUUGCUGUUCAUGAAGAACAUUGUGGGCUCUAAUGGUUGUAUUGUGGAAUUUGUGGACUGCUUAUGUAUUUUUCUUCUGUCAUCUGCUAGUGAUAUUAUGACAUAUUGAUGUUGUUUGAUCAUUUGAUGUUUGGCAUGUUUGCUGCUUCC